AUGUCCAGAAGGGCAGAAAUACUGAUGGAAAGCAACGUGCAGGCUCUGGCUUCGGAGAAGCCUCGGUGGGAUGAGGGGAGGCAGCCGUCGGGGAAGAUUCUCUCGCUGGACAGGCAAGAGGCCAAGAAAGUGCUGGAGAUCUACGUCAGCCGCUCACUGAGCUGCCACGAAAACUUGCUGGUGACCAAGAAGACGCUUCAGGGGGGAGCCAGGAAGCAAGGGAGGAAGGUGCCUGAGCUGCAAAGGUCAAAAAGCGACUUCUGCAAGUACUCGUGUGCCAAGCUCAGCCUCAAGAAGGACCAUGAGGAGGGACCCAAAGCACCUCACCUCGAUGGGGCUCUGGAUGAUGAGGACAAAGCUCCUGGGGAGGGCAGAGCCUUGAAGAAGAGACCCAGCCUCAAGAAGGUUUUCUCCUUCAAGAAGCAUGCAGAGGAGGAGCGGGGAGAGGUGGCAGCCGAGGCGAGGGCCAAGCGACCCAGCUGCCUCCCGCUGCGGCAUUUCCAGGCGCCGGUUACGCCAGAUGUGGAGCAGCCAGACGGUUACUACGCACGAGUCUCAGAGGAGAUUGGGCUGAUCGUGCAGGGCAGCGAGAGCCAGGGGAGCAGAGCACGUGGAGGUGGGGAUCCCCCACAGCCGGCCAGCGCCGACAGCGUCGAUGAAGCCAUCAGGAGAAUUGUCGCCCUGCUCCAGAGUGCAGGAGAUGAGCUGGACAGGCAGGUGAAGGAAGAUGCGCGGCUACGGAUGUUCUUCAGAGACAUGUCCUACAGCUCUUUCAAGAACUUGGCUGAUGCCUACGUCAACAGGGAAAUGACGGCCAGCAGACUCGACGUCAACCCCCAGGAGAUCCAGUUUGCCUUCACAGUGCACCUCACCGCCAAGGUGGCCGGGAUCUGCAGCCAGGCAGUGAACAGGAUCAUGGGCUUCGGCACCCGCUACCUGGAAGAUUCCUUCGCGCCCUAUGGCAAAAUCCUCCAGCAGAACGGCGAGAAGUUCAGCACAGACGACUGUGAGGGCCCCGACUGA